GGAACGCAGGAACAUCAUGUGGUCCUGGCUUGGCGCUGUCGCUGAAUCAAGCAGCUUGGAUCGUGGUAGGUGCUGUGUCACACAAGCAGACACAGUCACGUCUGUUCAAUUGUAAUGCGGCAUCCACUCAGGACAGGAUAGUGACUGUGCGAACUCUCAGAGACGCGCUACUUUGUUUAUUUCUACCGACUUGACCUCGGGAUGUGAAGUAAAGCUGUUACCAGAUUUCAAAUAACUAUUUUCACACUAAUACAUUUGAUUUAUUGUCGCGGGGAAUAAGACGCAUAUUUGAAAAUGAACCCUCCGUGUGCGCGCUGUGGGAAAAUUGUCUAUCCGACGGAGAAAGUCAACUGCCUUGAUAAGAAUUGGCAUAAAGGAUGCUUCCACUGCGAGGUGUGUAAGAUGACUCUGAACAUGAAGAACUACAAAGGCUACGAUAAGAAGCCCUACUGCAAUGCGCAUUACCCGAAGCAGUCCUUCACCAUUGUGACUGACACCCCAGAGAACCUGAGGCUGAGACAUCAGAGUGAGUUACAGAGCCAGGUGAAAUACAAAAAGGACUUUGAGGAUAGCAAAGGCAGAGGCUUCAGCAUUGUAUCGGACACGCCAGAGCUGCAGAGACUGAGAAAGACACAGGAGCAGAUCAGUAAUGCAAAGUACCAUGAGGACUUUGAGCGGACGAAGGGCCGAGGAUGCACCCCAGUGAUGGAGGACCAAAACAUGGAGAGAAUGCACCACCGGAACAACCUGAUGAUGAGCGAGGCAGCCUACAAGGGAGUACACCAUCAGGUGGUAGAGAUGGACAGGAGACCUGGAGGCAUCAUCGUAGCUCCUGUGCUACCUGGGGCGUACCAUCAGAGUGCCCAGCCGCAACAGCCGGGGUACGGCUACAUGCACCAGACCAGCAUGUCCUCUGUGAGGUCUCAGCAGUCCCCCCCAUCUGUCACCAUGAGAGUUUACCGGGCGCUCUACGACUACGCAGCGCAGGACCAUGACGAGGUGUCCUUCCGCGACGGUGAUGUAAUCGUCAACGCUCAGCCCAUCGAUGAGGGCUGGAUGUACGGCACCGUUCAGAGGACCGGCAAAUCAGGCAUGCUCCCUGCCAACUACGUGGAGUGCUUCAACUAAGGGCCGCAUCUCAAUAGUCUUUAAGCGAUUUCCUGUCCUCUCCCCUUGUCUCCUCUCCUCCAUCAGCACUGAUGUGAAAACAAAAAGAUUGGAUAGGCGGAAGGGAUAAGGCGGACUGGAUGCCUACUGGGAAAUUGACUUCCACCAGUUCUUUUAAUUUCAUUUCAGGACAGUUGAAGGAGAGGAGAUGAGGAAAGGAGGCCAUUCUAGAUUAUUGAAAUGCACCCAAGGGGCUAGCCUUACCAUGGUUUGGUGGAGUCCUCUCCCCAAGUGUCUGUUUGAAGUCUGGUCCUGGAGGGCUACUGUACAUGAGCAGAGAUAAAGGAACUGGGUGGUGUUGUUCAGUUUACUCUUGUCUAGACUACAGACCCAAACUAUCAUAGCUACUGUACAUUACCCGCUGAAAAUGGUCAUGGAAAAGUGUAUCAUGUAAUAAUACGUUUUGCUUUAGAUUUAAUUUAAAGCAUUGGUGGCUUGUCCCACGUGAACAGUUAAUGAAAAAAUAUAUAUAAUUCAAUCAGAGAAUUGUAACCCUCAAAUAGACAACAUUUAGCUGACAAAAAAAUGACCUAUUCAAUGGAAUACAUUUACCACUUUCUGGGAGAAGUCGAAAACAUCAUGAUUCCCACACUUGAAACCACAUUUGAAUUCGUUAAGCAGUUUCAAAUUUUUUCACACAAACGUUGUGUUGACUUCAUGAUUCCAAACGUGCAUUCUUGCAGCACAAGAUCAAUAAUGUUUUCGACUUAUCCUGGAAAAGUGGUUAAUGGGUUUGCUUGAAUAGCGCCCAACCCAGUCCUCCAGCCCCGGAAUAGGGAGGGACCCGCUUUCUUCUUGUACUCCUUUGUAUUUCAAUUAUUAUAUUUAGCAUUUGGACAUCAAUACUAACUUUGUUUCAUGUACAAAUUAGGGGAGAGGGAGUGAAGGAGAAAUGACAUUUUCAGGACAAUCCUGAGUGAUUGCCAGACAGUCAGCUGUUUAACUUACAGUGCCUUGCGAAAGUAUUCGGCCCCCUUGAACUUUGCGACCUUUUGCCACAUUUCAGGCUUCAAACAUAAAGAUAUAAAACU